AUCCUGCUUCAAUCUCUAUUUCGUUCACCUCUUAAAGCUGAGAUCCAAUCUUCUUCUUUCAACAGCUCCUUCUACUGUUCUCACGAACAGGAACCCUCUUUGGUUCUUCUUGAUCUGCCUAAAAUACAUCUUUAAUUGUCUGAUUUCCUACUAAAUUGAGCAAAAAAUGUACGGAUUCGAAGCGCUCACCUUCAACGUCGACGGAGGCUUCCUGGAGGCGAUCGUGAGAGGCUACAGAUCCGGACUUCUCACCGCUGCUGAUUACAACAAUUUGUGCCAGUGCGAAACCCUUGAUGAUAUCAAGAUGCAUCUUUCAGCCACUGAGUACGGGCCCUAUCUCCAGAAUGAGCCUUCCCCACUGCAUACCACUACUAUCGUGGAGAAAUGCACGCUUAAACUGGUUGAUGAGUAUAAACACAUGAUGUGCCAAGCAACAGAGCCAUUGUCAACCUUCUUGGAGUAUAUUACAUAUGGUCACAUGAUAGACAAUGUUGUGCUGAUUGUUACUGGAACCUUGCAUGAGAGAGAUGUCCAAGAACUAUUGGAGAAAUGCCAUCCUUUGGGAAUGUUUGACAGCAUUGCCACCCUUGCAGUUGCUCAGAAUAUGCGGGAGCUUUAUAGGUUGGUGCUUGUUGAUACUCCACUGGCUCCAUACUUCUCUGAGUGUAUCACAUCAGAGGACUUGGAUGACAUGAAUAUCGAAAUUAUGAGGAAUACUCUUUACAAGGCAUACCUCGAGGAUUUUUACAGGUUUUGUCAGAAACUCGGAGGUGCCACUGCGGAGAUCAUGUCUGACCUCCUGGCCUUUGAGGCUGACCGAAGGGCUGUCAACAUCACUAUAAAUAGCAUUGGCACUGAGUUGACCAGGGAUGAUCGCAGGAAAUUAUUCUCAAGUUUUGGUUUACUUUAUCCCUAUGGCCAUGAGGAGCUUGCUGUCUGCGAGGACAUAGAUCAGGUUCGUGCUGUGAUGGAGAAAUACCCUCCUUACCAGUCGAUUUUUUCCAAGUUAUCCUAUGGAGAGAGCCUGAUGCUUGACAAGGCAUUUUAUGAAGAGGAAGUGAAAAGGCUUUGCUUAGCUUUUGAGCAACAGUUCCAUUAUGCAGUUUUCUUUGCAUACAUGAGGUUGGGGGAGCAGGAGAUCAGAAACCUGAUGUGGAUAUCCGAAUGCGUGGCUCAGAACCAAAAGUCCAGAGUUCAUGACAGUGUUGUCUUCAUAUUUUAGUUUUCUCUACAAAAAAAAAAAAUAAUACUACUUUCUGCAUAAUCUGCUGUAAAUUGCCCUUCUGGUUGUCAAUCAUUCAGUUGCUGAGAUUUGCUAGCGUCGCUGCUCCGUGAGAAUCUGUAUGUUCAGAAAAAAGUUUCCUUAGAAAUGUUUUAGCAGUUAUUCAAAGAGAAGUAUUUGUAUGGUGAGUAAUUAGACACUGAGACACAGUGGUGAUGUUGAGAUGAACUAAUGUACUUGUUGAAUGCAGAAUAAAAUAAGUUCUUUGAGACAUUUAA